ACCAACACAAAGGCAUCGCGCCAUUGAAACUAGCAAGCUACAAAUUCGGAUUUCCCGCCAGUUUUUGUCGUUUUUCGUUUUAUAAACUUAAAAUGAUUGACGAGGCCGCUUCGUUUACGACUCUCUUCAAAGGAAAACGCGUCAAAUUAACGCUCAAGAAUUCAACCUUCGUCGGGCUUGUACAGCGAGUCAACACAGACAGGACGCUGGUGUUAGCUGACGUUAGUACCAGUGAUGGAUGCAAAAUUCCGGGAUCCAAGCUAUUCUUUGGUCGUGACGUUGUUAAUGUUGAAUUCCUCAAUCAAGAAAGCAACGAGGUUGGCAAUUCUCACUCAGACCAACCCGAUGAGAAGUUAGAUGUAAAGAUGUUUCAGCCCUACAGAAGCCCAAUCAAUUUCAAUGAUGAGGACAAAGAGGAAGUCGGCAGCAUCAGUUUUGCAGUCAUCGAUGAGUUUCAUGGGAAGUUUGGACCUGCAGUGUCUCACAUCAAAAAGCAGAGUGUGAUUGGUGUGAAUGCUGAAGGCGUUGACAAAUCCAGGAAUGGAAGGUUGUGUUGGCUGCAGAUUGCUACCACACAGAAAGUAUAUCUGUUUGACAUCCUGUUGCUGGGAACUCAGGCUUUUAGGAAUGGUCUGUCUUUUAUUCUGGAAAGUAAGCACAUCCUAAAGGUCAUUCAUGAUUGCAGAGUCAUAGCUGGAAGUUUGAUGGCUCAGUUUGGCGUAAAGCUAAUGAAUGUUUUUGAUACCCAGGUGGCAGAUGUCAUGUGCUUCCACUCAGAGACAGGAGGCUUCCUUCCUGACAGAAUCAGCUCUCUCCAGGAGGUGGUGAGUCUCCAUUUAAAGGUGCCGUCCUCCAGGCUCUCGGCUCUUCAGAUGAAGUCCCAGCUCACAAAGAAGGACAUGGAGGUGUGGUACGAGCGGCCUUGUCCGGCCCCCCUCCUUAAGGUGAUGGUGGUGUCAGUGAUCCACCUGCAGCCGCUCAGACUGAUGCUGCUGGAUACGCUUAUGAACGAUUACAUGACCCUGGUGGAUUCCUACUUGAACAGCAGCUACUAUGAAAUCGGCACACCGGAGCAAGAAGGGGUGCAGGAAUUACCCCAAGAAAUCAGACAGUUGGAUGAAAUGCGCUUGAGGCGGCAGGAGUGGGCCAGAGGCCGCUACCCCGUCACGGAGGACGGCUUGCUGGCUCGCUUCAGCCCCCUCCCUCAGACCUCGUCCUCGGCCUCCUUACAGGAACGCAGGACACAGACGGGACGCCCUACUGUGGACGCUGACACUUCUAUAAAUCCAUCAGCGCAGCCUGCAAACACAGGAUCACACUUCACGCAAGAAACGUCUGGCGAUUGUUCUCCGCCUGCAGGUGUCAAGAAAGGAUGCAGACAGGACCAGCUGAUUACGAAAGGAAGAGGAAGGCCAUCUCCAAAAGAGUCAUCUGUCCCCGUUUUACCCUGUAUAGGAAGAGGUUUUCUUCUCAACAUGCUUCAAACUCCCAGAGAGAGCACCAAAGAUGGCGAAACCCCACAUCAGCAUGAGACGACUCCCACCGGGACAAGCGGAGAAAAAAAUUCCCAAGCCUGACUGUCUUGAUAAUUAGCUGUUAAGUGAUGUUUAUGGUCUGGGAUGAGAGCGUUUUUCACAAACUC